AAAUGAAAUGUUUCUCGACAGCUCGUUGUUUUCGGGGUUCAACUCGUCUAGUCUGUCGUUUGUUUGCAAGCCUUGCGGAAGUACUGACGUGUUCAGUUUGGCUCGGGUGGUCUGGUAGCUGAAGUCGAGCCGGGUAGUGACACAGCGGCUAUAUCAGAAUGUCAGAAGGGGACAGUGUUGGGGAGUCAAUCCAUGGAAAACAAUCUAUAGUCGCCGCCUUUUUCACUCGUGUUGGACAGAUCUAUCAGUCAUGGCUAGACAAGUCAACACCAUACUCUGCAGUCCGAUGGGCCUCCACUCUUUUACUUACCGCUUUAUACAUGAUCAGAGUGUACAUAUUACAGGGUUGGUAUAUAGUAACAUAUGCCUUGGGAAUCUACCAUCUGAACCUGUUCAUUGCAUUUCUAUCUCCAAAAGUGGAUCCUUCACUCCUUGACGAAGAUGAGGGCCCUGCCCUUCCGACCAAGCAGAAUGAAGAGUUCCGUCCUUUCAUCCGAAGGCUACCCGAGUUCAAAUUCUGGCAUUCAGCAACAAAAGGCAUUGUCAUUGCCAUGAUUUGCACAUUUUUUGAAGCCUUCAAUGUGCCUGUGUUCUGGCCCAUACUUGUCAUGUACUUCAUUAUGCUCUUCUGCAUCACCAUGAAAAGGCAGAUCAAGCAUAUGAUCAAGUAUAGAUACCUACCAUUCACGCAUGGGAAAAGGACAUACAAAGGCAAGGAAGACACAGGGAAACCUUUUGCAAGUUAAAAGUCUCACUUUUCUUAUUUGUUUGAAAUUUACCAUUCACAGUGCAAGGGUUUAGAUCAUUUUUUGGGAUGGGGCAGUUAUAAGACACGAUUAAAAAAAAAAAAAAACUGAUUUUUGAUCCACGUUUGACAGUGUUGUAAGAAAAUACAAACGGCGCCGAUCAAAGAAGUCUGAAAGUGUUGCCUUUGUCUUCUAAGGUUUUGGGAGGGCUUUGUCCUAAUUUUAGAUAUGGCCAACAUUUGUUGAGUAGUUAGAGAGACUUGGUGCUGCCUUUUGCCUUUGAAAGCUUAUUAUUCAUGUUAUGUAAAAGUCAUCAAGAACCACAAUUUAAAAAAAAAAAAAAAAACUGCGAUAAACCAUUUAAAAAACAAGCCGCCCACGUUAAACAUAUUUUUUAAUAAAAUCCCAUCAGCAAGUUCUUGGUUUCAUGCAAUAUUAGUAGUUAAGUGUCGAUUAUUACAUUAUGAAGUGAAAAGGGUACAUAAAGGAAGCAAAAGGUUUUUACUUUGAACUACUAAAAUGUGCUUCUACUCUGAAAUUUGUCAGCUGUCUUGUACAAAAUUUACAUUUGUUGCAUUUCAGAGAUGCUAAAGUGAGACUUUCACCGCUGUUUAAAGUAUUUCAAUUGAUUGAUGAAAAACUUAUAAUUGGUGUUAAAUGUUCACUCACUUACUACAUUAUUGGAUGCAAGUCACACAAACACAUUUUGGCCCGCUAGUCGCUUAAAAUUGUUACUUUGAGGGCAUUUUGCUUGAAAUGGGAAGGCCAUGAAUUUGCUUUACCUCAGAUUUGAACAUAAAAGAACAGAACACCUCGUCUUCAGACAGGCAACCCAAAUGCAGUUUGUAAUGUGCUCCUUUGAGGUGGCUGUAUAGUCUCUAUUUUCAGUGGCUACGUUUACAUGGACAAAAUUUCCUGAAUCCAAUCAGUAUUCGGAUCAAAAUUAAGAUCGGAUAUACUGUUUCCAUGGACAAGAAAAAUAUGAGGACUUGUGUGUUCAUGCAUCAGAACAGCAGUCGGAACAAAUUAUUCAACGUGCGCAGAUUGACGCUGCUUUCAUGAAGUGUCGUAAUUAUGGUAGAUUAAGUUUUUUUAAGAAGAUGUGUCAUUAAUUUGCACGUUUUUUUUUGGCACCAACAUAAUAACAUAGUUGUACACAUUAAUAAAAAUCUUAUUUUUCAAUCAAGUGUUCGCUACAAUGUUGAGUUACAGACAAAAACUUACCGUUUGCAUUUUGAUGCAUUUUUUUCUUCUUGUUGUAGAUGAAUUAAUAGGUCUAAAACAAGUUUUUUUCCACGCAACAAACCAACAUAAAGUCCAUGUCUGCUGCUUUAUCGCUAUGACAACGAAAACAAAUGAACAUGACGUACUCAAAAUUACCAAUGUAGUAAAUCUUCAUCUUUCCCGCAGCUUGACUGAAUAUCCUGGGAAAAGUAGUAGAAGAGCAACUCGUACUGAUUUCUCAACUGGUUAAUGCAACAAAACAUCGUUCCUGCUAUUCAAACAGAAAACGUUAGCUUUAUUUAGUGUAUUUUUCCAGUUUUUCCGACAUUAACGUUCAACAAUUUCUAAGAUCUUUUAAUAUUUCCAGCAACAUGUUCGUUGCUUGAGUUCAUUGUUGUCAUUCUUGCGCUUAUCCUGUCUUGCGCUCGCUCUGCUGCUAGCUUCCAGGAAUAACAAAAACGCAUACUGUAUAUUGACGUCACAGGUAAGGUAAGUUUGUUCCAAAGUUUUGGAAUAAAGUGUUUUCAUGCGCGCCGAUCGGUUUAUUAAUCUGUAUGAACCACCCCUCUUGUUUGGAAUAGAAGCUUGAUCAGAGCAAGUUGGAUUGGGCUACAGUAUUCAAAAUGGGGUGUGUACUUGAAGCCUUUUUAUUCCGGUCAAGCUUUUAAUUCAAAUAAAGUGUCCAUGUAAACGUAGACAAUGAGUACAUUUUUUGGGAGCUCUGGAAUGUUUUUAGCCACUCCUGCUUUCGGGGUACUGCCUUUUUUUUUCAGCAUUGAUUAGGCUUUGGAAGAAGCAAAAUUGAGUCUUUUGACAUUACUGUUUGAAAAGCCUGGGUGCCAUUUCUUAGACAAGCGUAGACAAGGUAUUGUACUCAUGUAUAACAUGUUUGUUCUUCAUAAAAAAUGACAGUCAUUCCAUGCAAACUGUUCUUUUCUUUUGCAGAGGAAACAUAAGAAAACUGAGAUUGAGGGCUUUUAUUGUGUCAAAUGGAUGAAGUGGGUGGCGAUCACACUUUUUUGUCUACCCCAUGAUGACUUUUUUUUUUUCUUUUAAUAUAGAUAUUGUUUUCCCAAAUACUGGAAAAUAUUGCCCUUACGGAACUCUGAUCGACAUUGUUGUAAGGGAACAAACAUAUUUCCUGUAAAAAGUUGUUUUCAAGGGGUCGUUGAAAAGAUUUGUACAUAUAUGUAUAUCUUUAAAUAUGACAUUUGAGAUUUAUUUUUGUUUUCCUCCCCUUUAAUCAUUAUGGAAAUUUGCUAGUGUUUAAAUGUCAUUUGAAAUUGUUAGAAGCAGAACUGUUUAAUUGGGUUCUUGAGUUCAUGCAUUCAAUCUGUUUCUUAUGACACGCAUGUUUUUGAUUUCUUAUGUAACUGUUCAAAACUUGGUUUUAAUUACAUAAAUGUAAAAUUUUCCACUUCAAAUGCUAUUAAAAAAGGAUAUGUCUCUUGAAACAGUA